AUGGACCAGUACAACCUGGGGGACGAGGGCGCCCUUCCCUCUGAGAUGCACCUCCCUUCGUUCCCUGAGAGCCAGGUGCUCACCUGCAGCGAUGCCCUCAACCGGGACCUGGGGCCUGGCACGCGGGACCUGCUCUACGGUGGCCUGAGAGGUCUGGAGCUGGACCCCAGCUUCCCGGCGCCUGACGCGCCCAGCGAGGCGCUGGAGGACAACCUGGACACACUGUCCCUGUACUCAGGGAAGGACAGUGACUCCAUGAAGCUGCUGGAGGAGUACGUAGAUCCUGAGUCUCAGACUUCCUUACAAGACCUGGGGCUGGGUGCCCUCAAGGUGCCCAAAGAGGCGGAUGAAGGAGGCCGGGCCACCUCGGGGAGUGCGCGGAAAGGCAAGCGGCAGCACAGCUCCCCGCAGAACAUGCUCCUGGACUGCAGCCUCUGUGGGAAAGUGUUCAGCAGCGCCAGCUCCCUGAGCAAGCACUACCUGACGCACAGCCAGGAGAGGAAGCACGUGUGCAAGAUCUGCAGCAAGGCCUUCAAGCGGCAGGACCACCUGACCGGACACAUGCUCACCCACCAGAAGACCAAGCCCUUCGUGUGCAUCGAGCAGGGCUGCAGCAAGAGCUACUGCGACUACCGCUCGCUUCGCCGGCACUACGAGGUCCAGCACGGCCUGUGCAUCCUCAAGGAGGUGCCCCCAGAGGAGGAGGCCUGCGGGGACUCGCCCCACACGCACGAGGCGGCGGGCCAGCCCGCACCAUCCGGCCUGAGGUCCCCCGGGCCCCUCCUGCCCAACCGAGAUCUCCUGCGCUGCCUUGUCAACAGCAUCGUCCACCACAAGAUCCCGUCCCCGGGGCCGGCUGGGCCUGCAGACGGCAGCGAGGGGAGGAGCAUGGCCUGCCCCUGCCCGUCCUCCUCGGGGUCCUCCUGCUGCGGCCCAGCCAGCGCCCCGGGGACCCUGGGCCCUGAUGUUCUCGAGGAGCCGAGGCCCCCACUGAAGGAGCCCGCCGCUGACGUGUUCACGGCCAUCCACUCGCGGGUGGCAGAGAGCAGCGGCCCCGACCCAGCUGAGCUCGAGCCACUCCAGCUCUCAUCCUCCCUGGAGGGCUGGCCCGAGGGCGCCCCUCUGCCCUCCUGCCUGCCUCUGUUCCGUGGCCAGACAGUCCCCACCACUGGUUCCCAGCCAUCAAGCCACAGUUUCCAGUGGCUCCAGAACCUGUCAGGCUGCCCCAAGAGCAAAGGGAACAACAGUAUGUUUGUCGUCCAUAAGCCGCCAUCCCGGGAGGGCUCUGAGCCUGGCCCUGGGCUCAGCAGCACCUCCCCAGUCGGGGAGCCCUCGGCUGGCCUGGGGCCCGGCCCAGAGGACGUGCCGCCCUUCCCUCCCAUGCUCCUCAACGCUCCCGGGGAGGCCUCAGGGGACCCCAGAUUUGCCAGUGCCAGUGGGGAUGAUGACUGCUGGGCUCCCAAGAAGAGCAAGUUUGACUGCGACUCCUUCCGGUGGCCAAAACCCGGGGACCCUGGCUCGCAGGACCCUGGCUCGAAGCCCAGCAGCCUCUCGUCGGAUGCCACCCCACUCUUCCGGCAGCUCUUCCUGAAGUCGCAGGAGUCCCUGGUGAGCCACGAGCAGAUGCAGGUGUUCCAGAUGAUCACCAAGUCCCAGCGGAUCUUCUCCCAUGCCCAGGUGGCCACCGCUUCCUCCCAGCUCCCCACUCCUGAUGGCAAACAGGUCCCCCUGAAGCCACUGCAGGGGCCAUGGCCACAGCAGCCCCCGUCUCUGAUGCCCACUGUUGACUCCCUCCAUGCUGGCCCCAUGAACCCUGAGCCAGAGGGCUCGCCAGCCCGCCGAAGAAAAUACACAUCCACUUUCCCCAGGGAGGCCUCACCUGGCAGCAUGGGCUUGGAUGCAAAGGGUGGACCAAACGUGGCUGCCGCUCCACCAGCCCUCACAGCACCGUCCCUGGACCCUCCCGGGAACCCAGACAUAUCUUCUCUGGCCAAGCAGUUGAGAUCCUCAAAAGGGACCUUGGACCUGGGGGAUAUCUUCUCUCCCGGGGGCCUGUGUCAGACCCAGUUAGGAGGGGACGAGCCAUCCGGAGCCCACCUCCCAGGGAAGCAGACCCAAGCCGAAAAUGGCACGGCCUCUGGGGCCACAAAAGCCGAAAAGGGCCCAGCCUGCUCCCGGGGUGGAGGCUACAGGCUCUUCUCCGGCAACUCCAGAGCACAGCGCUUUUCAGGCUUCCGGAAGGAGAAGGUGAAAAUGGAUAUGUGCUGUGCGGCUUCCCCAAGCCAGGUGGCCAUGGCCUCCUUCUCGUCGGCCGGACCUCCAGCAGAUCCCUCCCGGGACUCCAAGUCCAAACUGACGAUAUUCAACAGGAUCCAGGGUGGAAAUAUCUACCGGCUCCCCCACCCGAUGAAGGAGGAGAACUUGGCCGGUGGCUGUCACCAGCACAGCAGGGGCCCCGCAGACUGGGCAGAGCCGCGGAGCACUUACGUCUGCAAGAACUGCAGCCAGAUGUUCUAUACAGAGAAGGGGCUGAACAGCCACAUGUGUUUCCACAGCGACCAGUGGCCGUCCCCUCGAGGGAAGCAGGAUCCACAGGUGUUUGGCAUGGAGUUUUGCAAGCCCUCAAGACAGGUGCUAAGGCCAGAGGGGGAUGGGCAGAGUCCCCUGGGAGCCAGAAAGUGCCUGGACAACCCAGCCACAGCUGCUUUGGGGGUCCCAGUGUCGGUGCCUGUGGCCCCAGCAAGCCGCCCCCCAGGCAGCAAGCUUCUUCUUGUCCAAGGACAGGAGAAGGACGUGGAUGAGAGAAGCAGCAAGGAGAAUGGCCAGCACCGAAAGCGGAAGAAGCGCCCCCAGCCCAAGGCACUGUUCGCCCCUCCUCUGCCCCCCAAGUUCGGGCAGCCGGGCCCAGGGGUGUGUCACCAGAGCCGCCUGCGCUCCCCCGUGUUCCUGGUGGACCGCCUCCUGAAGGGGCUGUUCCAGUGCUCGCCCUACACGCCGCCACCCAUGCUCAGCCCCAUCCGGGAGGGCUCGGGACUCUAUUUCAACACCCUCUGUUCCACGUCCGCUCAGGCCAGCCCCGACAGGCUCAUCGGCACCGUGCUCAAUCCCCUGGAUGACUCUUUUGGCAUCUGUGUGGUGAAGGACGACACCAAGAUCAGCAUUGAACCACACAUCAACAUAGGAAGCCGGUUUCAGGCUGAAAUUCCAGAGCUCCAGAACAGAUCUCUGGCUGGGACUGACGAGCACGUCGCUUCUCUGGUCUGGAAGCCGUGGGGAGAUGUGAUGAGCAACCCGGAAACGCAGGACAGAGUAACAGAGCUCUGCAACGUGGCCUGCUCCAGCGUGAUGCCCGGCGGGGGCACCAACCUGGAGCUGGCGCUGCACUGCCUGCAUGAAGCCCAGGGUGAUGUCCAGGUUGCCCUGGAGACCCUCUUACUCAGAGGACCCCAGAAGCCGCGAACUCACCCUCUCGCCAACUACCGCUACACAGGUUCAGACAUCUGGACCCCCAUGGAGAAGAGGCUCUUUAAGAAGGCAUUCUGUGCCCACAAGAAGGACUUUAACUUGAUACACAAGACGAUCCAGACAAAGACCGUAGCCCAGUGUGUCGAGUAUUAUUACAUCUGGAAAAAAAUGAUCAAGUUUGACUGUGGCCGAGCCCCAGGGCCAGAAAAGAGGGUCAGGAAGGAGCCAGAUGAAGUAGACAGGGCGGAACCCAAGGUCACUUGCAGUCCUCGGGAGAGACCCAGCCACCGUCCAACCCCCGAACUAAAGAUCAAGACCAAGAGUUACAGGAGGGAGUCCAUCCUCAACUCCAGCCCGAGCGCUGGCCCCAAGCGGAGCCCCGAGGCACCGGGGAGCGUGGAGGGCCAGGGCGCCUUUCCCUGCCGGGAGUGUGAGAGGGUGUUUGAUAAGAUCAAGAGUCGAAAUGCCCACAUGAAGCGGCACCGGCUGCAGGACCACGUGGAGCCCAUCGUCAGGGUCAAGUGGCCGGUGAAGCCCUUCCAGCUGAAGGAGGAAGAGGAGGAGGAGGAGGAGCUGGGGGCUGACAUCGGGCCCCUGCAGUGGUGAUUCAGGGCGGGGUGGCAGCGGGGGCAAAGCAGCAAGUCUCCCCAAGGUGUCCCUCUGCCUUCCUCACCUGUCCCUGUCACCAGGGGCCAGCCCAGCUUGCAGACACAGCGGGCACUGGGUCAUGAGCAGGCAGGGGACGCACGGUCAUCUGACCGCCGUGAAGGCCCUGCCACUGUAUCGGAAGCUCCAUUCUCUUAGGUUCAUAGUCUCUCCCCUUCUUUCAGUUCCUCUCUUCCUGGAGCAGCAAGGCUUGGGGAGGGAACAGGUUAGAUCUGGGUAGCUCUUCAGUCUUAGCCUCCAAUUCCGCCUUUGGUUACGUUUAUUCAGUAGGCCAAGAUGUAGAGAAUCAGUGGGAAUUGCCAUCAGAUCUCCACCACGCCAGGGCCCCUCACCAAGGGUCUGUCUGCAUUCUAGAUUCUGCCACUAGCCUUGACAUGACUUGUACAUUGUUAGGUUUGGUUUUUCUUUUUUUGUACGUGUCGACUUGUAAAUCUUAUUAA